CCGCUCAUCGACUGUGUUCGAGUAUACGACGUCGUAAAGGGCUACGUUGUUCAUAUUUACCUAAAUAGAGCGGUAUUUCCAAAAGAACAGGCUAUUGGUUUUAGACAUAGCCAGAGCUUACGAAGGAUCUCCCGCGAAGACUCGUCGGUAUAUUUGAGUCCCCGAACCGGCUCCUCAAGCUUUCGAAGCUACUCCAAUCAAGGUCAAUAGAAAUGCUAACGGAAUGUUUUAUUGCUUUUUUUGGUUGGCCAGAAUAUACGUUAUACCGAUCCUCGGCGUAUCAAAAAAAUUACAAGUUAAUACAUUCUCCCCAAGUAAUUGGCAACUUAGAAAACUAAGAAGUUGAUUAACUCGGGAGCAAACGACACACCUAAACGAAAAUGGGUUCCGAGAAAGCUACCCCGCGAUGGGCGGCGUUUACCCGCGACACCAACGAGACCAAAAUCCAGCUGGCUCUGAACCUCGAUGGCGGGGCAUUUCCUGAACAUACCGACCCCCGCCUACUAACGUCCGUCGCCGAGAGCCAUGCCAGUCAGUCCAGCAAAUCGCAAACCAUCAGCGUGAACACAGGCAUCGGUUUCCUCGACCACAUGCUCCACGCCCUGGCCAAGCACGCCGGCUGGAGCUUAGCCCUGGCGUGCAAGGGCGACCUCCACAUCGACGAUCACCAUACCGCCGAGGACGUGUGCAUAGCGCUUGGAUACGCCUUCGCGAACGCGCUGGGCAGCGCCACGGGUCUAGCACGCUUCGGAUCGGCAUAUGCGCCGCUCGACGAGGCGCUCUCGCGCGCCGUCAUCGACCUAUCGAACCGGCCGUAUAGCGUCGUCGAGCUCGGGCUCAGGCGCGAGAAGAUCGGCGACCUAAGCACCGAGAUGAUCCCGCAUUGUCUGCAGAGCUUCGCCCAGGGCGCCCGCAUCACACUGCACGUCGACUGCCUCCGGGGCGAGAACGAUCACCAUCGCGCCGAGAGCGCUUUCAAGGCCCUUGCUGUUGCGAUCAAGCAGGCUACUGCUAGGAUACCCGGGAAGGAGGGCGAGGUGCCGAGCACGAAGGGGACUUUGAGCGUAUAGUUGCUUAAUAGAACUGGUUAAACUUCUGACGAUAGGCAUACUUGCAUGCUAGAGCCUCUAUGAUGAUCCAGUUACCUGGUAGUUUAAUAUCUACUGAAUUCAACCCUCUACAAUAGCCUCGCAUAUCCCUUUCCCCCUUUCUCUUCGACAUGUUAUCUACAUCAUAUACCCUCUCUGGACUCACAUCUUACGUUGACACUCUUUAGAUGACCUCGAAUUUAUACGACUAUAGUUAUCAUUUUUCGACUUAUGUCUAUUCGGCAAACGAUGAACAUGCUUUGCUUCUUAUUUAACUUCAUUCUAUUAUAUUCAUACCAGCCAA